CACUGGCAGACCUCUCUGUGAGGCAGAGCCGAGCGGUGCUGACACCAGACAAAUACUGCAGAUGAGCAAACACGAGCAGCCUGCUUCACCUCUCGGCGCAUGGACCCCUGCGGAUACAUAUCCACCCUGGAGCAGACGAGCGGCGUCUUUCCUCUCACGGAGGCCGGACGGUCGACCUGAGCUGCGUCUCCCCUCUGCGCCUCUUUGUUCCUUUUGAAGAUUUCAUCCUGUUCCUCUUUUUGUGUCGUCUGCCGUGAUCAGGAUGCCUGCCGCCGUCACUUUGCGACGGAUCCUCUCCACCCUGUUUGUGCUUGGCGGUGCUGCAGUCACGGCCGCAGAGGGCGAGUGUCCGGCCGAAUGCUCCUGUGCCCCGUGGCCUCCACUCUGCCCGCUGGGCGUCAGCUGGGCGCUGGACCGCUGCGGCUGCUGCAAAGUUUGCGCUCGGCAGUUCAACGAGGACUGUGGCUCCGCCGAACCCUGCGAUCACAUCAAGGGGCUACGCUGCCACCUCGGGGCGGGAGGAGACCCCGAGAGAGGACUGUGUCGAGCUGACGCCCAGGGUUUGCCCUGCGAGUUCAGCGGGCGGGUGUACCAGCACGGCGAGGACUUUCGGCCCGACUGCCGGCACCAGUGCACCUGCAUGGACGGGGUGGUGGGCUGCAUGCCCCUCUGCCCGCAGCACGUGCCCCUGCUCGCCCGCCGCUGCUCCAGGCCCCGGCUGGCCGGGCCCGAGGGCAGCUGCUGCGAGGAGUGGGUGUGCGAUGACGACAACCACAUCGGCGAGGGGCCGGACGCGCCGGCCCCCCGGCGAGACGGCCGGCACCCUCCCAACCACAUCAGUGCCCUGCUGCAGGCCCGGCCUCCGCGCCCGGCUCUCAGCGGAGGGGCCGCGCUCAGAGAGACGGCGUCCUUCCCUGUGCCCGAGGUUUUGCUCAGAUCCGGCUGUUUCCCACAAACCACUGUGUGGACUGAGUGUUCCACCACGUGCGGGAUGGGGGUUUCAAGCCGGGUGACCAACGACAACCCGGACUGUCGCCUGGUCAGAGAAACCAGACUGUGUCAGGUCCGACGGUGUGAGCUGCAGCCUCCUGUUGCCGACAAGAAGGGGAAGAAGUGUCAGCGGACCGUCCGCCCCCCGGAGCCGGUCGUGAUCACCUUCGCCGGAUGCUCGACGGCACAGCGGUACCGCCCUCGCACCUGCGGUUCUUGCGCCGAUGGCCGCUGCUGCGCGCCCACCCUCUCCCGCACCGUGCGCCUUCGUUUCCGCUGCCCCGACGGAGAGGGCUUCUACAGAGACGUCAUGUGGAUACAGCGCUGCAGCUGCGGCGCGGGCUGCCGCGCGGGCGGCGGGCCCUCCGGCCCCUCAGUCAGUCUCCACAACGACGUCCACACCUUCGGACACUGAGGCUGACCCCCAAAGGCCCGGGCCCCUGGCCCCUGGCACGCAGGGGCCAACACUCUGCAGCUAUCCCUCAAUGAACUGGUUGGGGAACCCCCGGACCCCCUCCCAACCAGGCAACACACUUGCUUGCACUUUAAGCUUCCUGCCUCGAUGACAGUUGGCCCACAGCAGAGGCGCGCAAGCUCUCCAGUACCAGGGCGGCACUGAGGAGCACACAGAGCAUAACGCUGUGUUUUGACUUUUUAAUCCUACGUUUUAUUUAUUUGUCACUUGUUUGUCUGGGUUUUUGAAUUAGGGAGAAAGAAACUGAGAUGAGAUGAGACAUAUAGUGACUAUAAGGUUCAUAUGGCCUGUCCUUUGUGUGAGUGCGUGCGCGCGCGUAUGUUUUUGAAGAAUUUGAAGAAUUUUGCUACAUUGUGCUACAAACAGUGUAACAGCAUUUGCAUUUGUGCAUUCGUUGUAAAUAGACUUCACUCUUAACUGUGGAGUGGUAAAUUCUAGGACCACCUCAUUUUUCGGGGUGUGAUUUUACUUUGUGUGUGUGUGUGUGUGUGUGUGUGUGUGUGUGUGUGUGUGUGUGUGUGUGUGUGUGUGUGUGUGUGUGUGUGUGUGUGUGUGGGUGUGGGUGGGUGGGUGGGUGUAUACAUGCAUUGCUUGAUUUGACGAGAGGAAAUGAUGCCAUACAUUUAAGACAUGGUAUACUUGUUCAUUGGACACUUUUGUCUGUCUGUAUCCUGUAGAUACAUCUAAUAAACAACGUCCACAUUC